CUCAGGCGCUGGGCCGGGCCCCGGGCAGAAUUUUUAGUAUCUGUGACAUGGUAAACCAAACUCUAGUGUGAAAGCACAAGGCAAAAUUUCAUAUGACAAUCAUUCUGUGCUGAAGCAUUAAAUUACUUUGAAGCCACUCCUGCUGGUACUGGAUCUGCACAUGAUCACUGUUCACACAGUGAUUGAAUUAGUAAACAAGAAGCAUGGUGGGAGUACUUACUAAGAGCAGAAAAGCAGGAAUCUGUGGCAGAACUGCCCUUUGAAAAUUGUGGAAAGUUCUCUAGCACUUUUAUUCAGCGAUUAAAUUCAAGACAUGGGGCCAAUGAAAUACAAGUCAAGUGUGUCCUCAGUGUCCUGUGGUCUGCAAUAUCACCAUUCUUUGAUAAAGUGGAGUCCAAAAAUGAAUUUACACAUAGUACGGACUUACUGCUCAUCAGCACCUAAGAGGCCUGAUGCCAAGUCUGCAAUAGAAAUGGCCAUGGGUCUUCUUAAUCGGCUGACAGAAGCUGGGACCAUUAUGGGCAAAAAUUCUCUUCAAAAAAUGUCUGCAACAUGCAAGAGUUGGUGGGACAGAUAUGAAGAGUUUGUUGGAAUUAAUGAAGUGCGAGAGGCUCAGGGAAAAGUGACAGAGGCUGAAAAUGUCUUUAUGAUAGCUCGAGGGAUAGUACGAGAGGCUCGUGAAAACGUAGAAGCCCAACAGAUUAAACUGAAGGAAAUUCGGGACCGCUUAGACAGGGUCUCUCGGGAUGACACCCAGUAUUUAGAACUGGCUACUCUGGAACACAGGUUGCUGCAGGAAGAGAAGAGGUACCGAGCUGCGUAUUUAAAUGCAGAAGAAUCUGAGAGAGAAAAAUUCUCUCUCUUCUCUGCAGCUGUAAGGGAAAGCCAUGAGAAAGAGCGAACAAGAGCUGAAAAAACGAAGAACUGGUCUAUUAUUGGUUCGGUACUGGGAGCCAUUAUAGGUGUUCUUGGUUCCACCUAUGUUAAUCGAGUAAGGCUGCAAGAAUUGAAAGUCUUGGUGCUUGAAGCACAGAAGGGCCCAAUAAAUUUGCAAGAAGCCAUCAAAGAACAGGCCUCCAGCCAUUACUUGCAGCAGAAGGAUCUCAGUGAUGUCAUAGCAGACCUGAAAAAUGUGCUGCAAACAAGGACAUCACAGGAAAUAAAAGAAGGCGCUUUGUUAACUAGAGAAGACAGGAAUGACUCCAUAAAAAUAGAUUCUCUUUUAAUUCCUUUAAACGAACAGCUUAACUACACUAAACAAGUCAGUUCAUGCCUAGGGAGUUUACAACAGCAGUUUAACAGUUUGCAGGAAAGUAUAGCGCAAAUGAUUUCUGAGGUGCAGAGUGUUAAACUCGCGGUUCAUUCUAGACCUACAGAAAGAGUGAUGCCGCGGUCUUCAGUGGAGGGUAAGGGCCAGGCUUCUGCUGUAAGAGAUGUGAUUUUAGAAUUGUGUGAUACCGAGCGGAGACUGGAAACACAAAUGAAGAGAAAUUCUAUUUACAGCACUGCGGUGACAUGCGCUAUGUUUGCUAUUACUCUGCCAGUACUCUAUAUUAUACUUAAAGGGAACUGAUCUCUAAUUAAUUGCCACAAUUUACUAGAUUAGUAAAAGUAAACUUGCAUUCUAAGUACUUAGAGUACAAGUCCAAAUAAAGUUGCGUUAGCAUUUCUCGUUUUGCUUUAUCCUGUAUAUUUGGAAAACUUGUAAAGACUUGGUCCAUCUCCUGCUGCAGGCUCCAUGUUAACAG